UGACCGGCUCCCCCAUCGCACCGCUCUCAGUGCCCCGGAAGCGUCGCGCCCCAAAUCCCGAACUUGAUUCCGACCCGGGUUUUCUGGCUUCCCAGCAAACUCUUCCCGAGAAAUUGCUUAAUUAGAAAUGGCGGCUUCAAUUUGAAUGAAGUGGUAGGAAAAAAAAAAAAAAAAAACAUAUAACUCAGUGCUAGUCGCAGCGCCCGGAGAAAAGAAGGAAGCCUUCCCUAUAGAGACAAUCGAGAAACCACAAAUCCCAUAAUGCCGUUCUCCCUGCUACGCGUUAUGAGAACGCCACGGAAUUUUACUGACCAAUCACCACGCGAGAACUUGAACCGCCAGCCAAUCGAAUUUCAAUAGUACUUCCGGGAGAGGAGGCGGGAGGCAGUCGUUAUUUAAAAUUUUGUUGUUGGCCACAGCUAAUAUGUCGGUUUAAGUCGUUUGAAGGAGGGUCUUGGGGCAGCGGCUGGAGGCCACCUUCUUUGCAGUGGGUGAGAAAGAACUGGGGGGAAAUCAGGCCCCGGGCACUCGGGUCAAAAGCGGCAGUGGGAGCAUCGGGGCCACGGAGCUCGGGAUCUCCGGAGCCUGCGGGCUGAGCCAGCAUGAUGUCUCAUAUAAAGAUGGAAGAGGAACUGAAUCUAUUUAAUAGAAGUUUAAAUGACUUUUGGAACAGAUUCCGAAAUGCUACAUUCAAUGAACACUAUAGUCAAGUGGUGGGGCUGAGAGAUGCCUAUAAAGACUCGGUUAAAGCAUUGACAGAAAAAUUGUCCACAAAGCUAAAAGAAGAAGAACGAAUGAUUGAGACUUGUCUGGAAUUCAGAAAUAAGAUUCAUAUCCAGAAUAAGCUUAUUCAAGAAAAACAAGAUAAUUUAACAAAACUGACUGAUAGUAUACAAGACAAACAAUGCGAAGUGGAAAAGCUGACAAAAACUAUUCAGGAUCUUAAGGAAUCACUGAAUAAGAAAAAAGAAACCAUUGCUGCUGCUAACAAAGCCAAUAAGGAAAAGUUGAAAAUGUUGCAGAAAUCUUACAAUUUGUAUAAAGAUCACCUUGGACUGGAAAUUCGAAAAAUUAAUGGUGAAAAACUUCAAUUUAUAUUCCGAAAUAUUGACCCUAAAGCUCCUGAGAAGCCGUUUACCUUUUCCCUGCGCAUAAAUGAAGAAAGGGAUUAUGAAAUAUCAGAUAGUGCUCCUCAUCUGGAAUGCUUGGAAGAAUUUCAAGAGAAAGUAAGGAAGACCAACAAUUUUUCAGCUUUCCUUGUCAAUGUUCGGAAAGCUUUUAUUGCUUUGGUCUGUAAUGAAUUGUAAAUAGUGUAUAAAGAUUAUAUUUUCUUUUUAUUUUUUUCUUCCUACUCAUUUUAAUGCUCCUAAAUGACUAUUUUAUGAAUGACUCUUUUGUAUUUUUGGUGGCAUCAUAGUCUACCAUGAAUUAAUAAAAUUGUAUAGCAUACUUGUGAAAGCAAAUUUUGUCAAAAAUGUUUUGUUGUCUCAUGGAAUAAAAAAUGGAAUGCAAUGGUA